AUGAAGCGUCGUGAGCAGCGCCGACAGCGUGAGCGCGAGCAGCUGCCGGCUGCCUUGAUGAAGCUGGCCCAACUCAUUCCAUCCGCCGAGGAUGGGCGCAGCUACCUUGCAAGGGAGUUCGCCGACAUCACACAGGACAAAGCAGGGUUGAAUGGACCGUGCUCCGCGGAGGGAUGUUGGCACGAUGAUGACGCAGGCGACGCGUGGAUCUGCGGCAGCGGGCUCGAGAAACUGCUGUCGGUUCUAGGAGAGGAGGCGUGUCCUGAUGGGGUUUUCGAUAUUGUUCGUAUCACUCGCCGCGUGCCGCGCAGCCAAUCCACGAUUGACAGAAUCAACGUGGCAGAGUUGUGUUUUGCUCUUUCCCAGGCUUCCGGUCCGGUGAAUGUCCACGAGCGACGUCGCACUGCUGCUGCCAUGUCCGGACCGCUGGACGAGACGAUACCUCUUCUGCAGUACUACCGGGGCAGUCGAUUUGACGCCAUUGUGCGUGGCGAGGACCCGUCUUCUCCUGCGGGUCGACAAGCCGCCGCCGCCGCCGCACUAUCGGAGGAAAACGGCAGCCAUCCUGAGAUCACCUCUGAAGGCAACGACAGCAGAAAGAACGUCGACUCGGAAUGGCCGGCAUUCGUGCAGAGCAUGUCUACGCCGCUUCCCAUGACGCUUCGCCUGCACCACUGCGAGCGUGCUUUGGAGACCAUCGCAACCCGCAUUCUCACCACACCCGACAUUGCCGCCGUGGUGCGUCCCGUGGCUGCCUUUCCGUCCAGUUCUGGUCUCUACUCCUGCAGCAACAGCGACUACCACAGCCACAAGCGCGUGGAGUACGUCUGCCGCACCCUGCACACUGCCAGCGCCGUGUCAUUUCAGGAGGUGGUAUCGGCGAUACCGGUGUUUGUGCUGGAUGUGCAGCCGCAACACACUGUCGUGGAUCUCUGCGCGGCACCUGGGAGCAAAACAGUGCAGGCGUUGGACACGAUGCUGAGCGGUGGGUGGUCUGCAGACGUCUGUCGAGGGGUGCUCAUCGCAAACGAAAAGGACAGAGUGAAGGCGACGCAGACACUUCCGGCGCGGCUGAAGCGCUACCACGCCCCGAACGUGAUGACGACCCGAUGUGACGGUGUGCAGUGGCCGCGUUUGUACCUUGACGAUCCUACGAACCCGAGCAGCGAGCCGCAAGAACGGCAGUUUGACCGCAUCAUUUGCGACGUCCCGUGCAGCGGCGACGGCACCAUCCGCAAGGAGCGUUCCAUCGCCACAACAUGGUCGCCAAGCUACGUGAAGUCCCUCGUGCCAACCCAACGUGCGUUGCUGUACCGCGGCCUUGACCUUUUGGCCACAGGGGGCAUUCUCGUCUAUAGCACGUGCAGCAUGAAUCCGAAGGAGGACGAGGAGGUGGUUUGUGUCGGGUUGGAGACUUUCGGCGACAGUGUCGAGCUCAUCGACGUGAAUGCGGUUCUACAGCAGAGGGGAUGUCACCUGCACUCGGCAGGAGGCAUUCUCUCCCCGAAUGUAGAGGGGUUGCAGCACCCGGUGCUGCCGCCGACGUACGACGGCAAUAAGGUCCUGCGCAUUUUGCCGCAUCGUGAUGACACCGGCGGGUUCUUUGUGGCGGCUUUCCGCAAAGUAAAGCAGCCAGACUGGACGGCGCCCACAGUGGUUCGACACAAGCUGAACCACUGGACGAAAGGCAAGCUGUGGGCGCCGGUUGGCGUCGAGGACGAGGCGUGGGUUAACAUAUCAACCUUCUAUGGAUUUAACCGCCAUGACGAAGCGAGCUUCGUUUACUAUGACGCCGCUAGCUCUUCGUCCGGGAAAGGCCUCGUGCCUCUGUAUCACCUCAAUCCAAAUGGUGGGCCCAUACGCCGCAUCGUGCUCUCGACUCCCGCGCUGGCGGAUAUGGUGCUGCGCACACGUCCGUACAAGGGCCCUGGCGUGGAAGUGGUGUCCGUCGGUGUGCGCGCCUUCGAGGCAUACGACGGGAAGUUUUUGCCCGCUGCGGCCUGCCGGUGGCGCGCCGUCGUCGAGUCCGCCUCUUUUCUGGCACCGCGCUUUACUGCCCGAAGGCUGCACUUCCGCGUUUCGAAGCACAAGCAGCUACUCGAGGAUCUGCUCCGAAACGGCCACGUUUACCUGCGAGACCACUGGAGGGCAGUGCUGGGCGGGGAUCCUGCUGUUGUAGCCGCUAAUGCGAAUCCGAAGGCGCUGGUCAAGCCUGGGAGCCGACUCGAGGCGUUGCUAACGCAAGGUAGUUGUGAAUCUACCAUCUCUGACGAGGAGUUGGCGGUGCUGCUGGCAAGCCAGGUGGAGAUAGGGUGCGUUUUGGUGGGCAUCAUCUCCGACGAGCCGACCGAUGCAGCCGCUGGUCCGUGGUACAUAAGCGCGACGCUGAGCAGGCACAAGCUGGAGCUCGCUAUCGAUGGCUCUCUGCGUGCGUUCGGGCUGAUGGCAUUUUUUGGCAUUCACGACGUUGAGCGUGCCUCGCUGGUCGGGAACAACACCGGGAGUGCGGUCGCAGACGAAGCACCGGAGGAGCAGGCAAAAGAGGCGUAG